AUGGCGGCUGCGGCGGCGGCGGCGCGGGCGGAGAGUCCCCCGCUGCCCGGCCCGCCGGGGGGCCGCCCGCGGCCCGUGUGCUCGCGGCCCUACUUCCUCGUGCUCAUGGUCUUCGCUCACCUCUACGUCCUCAACGUGCUGGGGCUGCUGCUCUUCGUCCACCUCAGCGCCGGCGACGCCGGCGGCGGCCCCCCCGCCUCCGCCGCCGCUUCUCCGCCGCCUCCGCCGCCGCCCGCCCGCGCCCUGCCGCGCCUCGAGGGCAUCAAGGUGGGCCACACGCAGCGGGUGGAGCUGGGGCCCGGCCGGACCCGCGCCGUGCGCACCCUCAGCCUCAAGCCGCCGCUCUUCGAAAUUCCAGACUUCCUGACAGAGGAGGAGUGCAAACUCAUCAUCCAUCUGGCACAGCUGAAGGGGCUGCAGAAGAGCCAGAUCCUACCAACGGAUGACUACGAGGAAGCCAUGGAAAUGAUAGAAAUCAGCCAGAUGGAUUUCUUCAAUCUGCUGGACCACAAUCAGGAUGGGCAGCUGCAGCUCAAAGAGGUGCUGACUCACACCCGCCUUGGGAACGGCAGGUGGAUGACCCCUGAAAACAUCCGAGAGAUGUACACUGCAGUCAAGGCUGAUCCUGAUGGGAAUGGCGUGCUGAGUUUGGAGGAGUUCAAGAGGCUGAACAUCCGUGACUUCCACAAGUACAUAGGGAGCCAGAAAGUGAAGACGAGUGACGCGGUGCGCAACAGCCAGCACACGUGGCUGUACCAGGGCGAGGGCGCACACCAGGUCAUGAGAGCCAUACGGCAGAGGGUAAUGCGCCUGACUCGCUUGCCCCCAGAGAUUGUGGAGCACAGUGAGCCCCUGCAGGUCGUGCGCUAUGACCAGGGGGGGCACUACCAUGCCCACAUGGACAGCGGCCCCGUCUUCCCUGAGACUGCCUGCAGCCACACCAAGCUGGUUGCCAACGAAAGCGCUCCCUUUGAGACCUCAUGCCGGUAUGUGACAGUGCUGUUCUACCUGAACAAUGUCACGGGUGGAGGAGAAACUGUCUUUCCUAUAGCUGAUAACAGGACGUACGAAGAGAUGUCUUUGAUCCAGAAUGAUGUUGAUCUGCGAGAUACUCGGAAAAACUGUGACAAGGGCAAUUUGCGAGUGAAACCUCAGCAAGGCACCGCUGUCUUCUGGUACAACUACCUGUCGGACGGAGAAGGCUGGGUGGGGGAGCUGGAUGACUUCGCCCUGCACGGGGGCUGCCUGGUCACCCAGGGCACCAAGUGGAUCGCCAACAACUGGAUCAACGUGGACCCCAAUCGCUGGCGGCAGCAGCGCUUCCAGCAGGAGAUGGAGCGUUACGCGGGGAGCGGGGCCGGAGCCCCGGGUGAAUGGACCGUGGACAAAACGUACAGCGGGGUGCACGUGGAGCUGUAGGCCGCGCUCCGGGGGUGCCGCGGAACCUCGCGGGCGCACGUGGCCUUUUCCCGCGCUGGAGGGGGCGGGGCCACGCGGCGCGCCAAUAAAGCGUGCGGGGCGGGGCGGCGCUCCGCAUCGAGA